UACAAAUGACAUAUUUUUUAAUUCAUUUUUUAAAUAAAUAAACUAAGUACACCAAAUUAUUUGGGAAAGUAAACAAGCUUGUUUAUUAGAAGCUUAUUUGAUGUGUUUUUGUUUUCUUAGUGAUUUAAUUGUUUUUAUUAAGAAAUAGUAAAAAUGAGUAAACGGCGCCGUACAAGUUCAAUAGCAAGUCGUCAGGAUGACGAUUUUCUGGACGAUGUUGAUGCUUCCACAAGUUCAGGGCCUACUGUUCGUAAAAGAAAACGACAAGAUCCGAGUGAAAUUUGCCAACAAUUAUAUGAAAUAAUACGUAAUUUUAAAAAAGAAGAUGGAGCUUUGUUAUGUGAUUCAUUUAUACGAGCCCCAAAACGCCGUCAAGAACCAGGCUAUUAUGAAGUGGUAUCGAAUCCAAUCGACUUACUAAAAAUACAACAGAAAUUGAAAACUGAUGAAUAUGAAGAUCCUGAAGAUUUAACUGCAGACGUUGAUUUAAUGGUGAAAAAUGCAAAAGCAUUUUAUAAGAAGAAUUCUCAAGAAUUUAAAGAUGCUUGCGAUUUAUGGGAUUUGUUUAUUACUACGAAAAAUCGAUUAAUUGACGAAGAAGCCGAAUCCAAAGGUAAAAUAAUCUUGAAAGUAGGUAAAUUAGCACGACGCGCGGCUGCCGCUGAAGCACGUGGUACUCCAACAAGUUCAAAAUGUGGGCAAGAUAUUGAUAUUCCUGAAGAUACUUCUGAGAGUUCAACAAAUCCAGAUGAUGAGCUAAUUAAUAAUCAAUAUGAAGAUUUAUUUACAGCGGUUAUGAUGGCUACAGAUCAAGAUAAUCGCCCCCUACAUACCGUAUUCCAAUUACUACCAUCCAAGAAAAAAUAUCCAGAAUAUUACGAAGUUAUCGAAAAUCCAAUUGAUUUAAAAAUCAUUGCAACAAAAAUUCAGCAAAAUGAUUAUACAUGUUUAACAGAGUUGGAACGGGAUUUAUUGUUAAUGACACGUAACGCGUGUUUAUUUAACGAACCAGGAUCACAAAUCUACAAAGAUGCGAAAGCUCUUAAAAAAGUGAUUACAAGUAAAAAGAUUGAAAUCGAACAUGGAAAAUUUGUUAGUACACCUUCUACGGCGGGUAAAAGUAGCGAACGUAUUCGUAAUAAACGAUUACGCGGUGUACAAAGUUUAUCCGCUGUAACAGCGGCACUCAGGGAUGAAGAUACCGAUUCUGAGCUUGGCGGGAAUGAUGAUUCAUCGUUAAUUGGUAGUGAUAUGAUGUCGUUGAUGGACGAACCCGAAAUUAUGGAUAUUGAAGAUCCAAAAUGGCAAUUAUUUGCGGCUAUACGUAAUGCUGUCAAUCCACAUGGAACACCAUUAAGUGAACCAUUUUGGAAAUUACCAUCAAAACGAUAUUAUCCAGAUUAUUAUCGUGAAAUAAAAAAUCCCGUAUCGUUAUCACAAAUUCGUAUGAAAUUAAAGAAAGGUGAUUAUGGUACAGUGAGUGAAGUUGCGGGUGAUAUGAAUAUUAUGUUUGAGAAUGCGAAAAAAUAUAAUGUACAUCAAUCGAAAUUGUAUAAAGAUGCAGUAAAAUUGCAGAAAAUAAUGCAAUUAAAGGUUCAAGAACUACUUGAUAUUGAUCAGGUAAACAACAUUAGUAAUGCUACGCAUGCUAAUGCUAAAUAUCACGCUACUUACACUAACAAUCAUAAAAAAUCACUAUUACAUAAUAUAAUCAAGGAUACUGAAAGUGAUUGCGAAUCAGAAGAUUCACGUGGUGUUAGACGUGGACGUCCACCAAAAAUACGCCAAUCUACACCAAAUCCACAGACCACACCAAAUAGUGGAGGAAAUUCGAAUAAAAAAGAUAAUAUACCAUUAAAGAAACGUUUACAUAAUAUCAGUAAAUUUUUAAUCGAUUAUUCUUGUGAAGAUGGCCGACAACCUAUGUUAUUAUUUAUGGAAAAACCAUCAAAAAAAUUAUAUCCAGACUAUUAUCAAAUAAUCCAGGAACCAAUUGAUGUAAUUACAAUUGAAGCGAAUAUUAAGAAUGAUAAAUAUUUAAAUGAGGAUGAACUUGUACAAGAUUUUAAAUUAAUGUUCUCGAAUUGUCGUCAAUAUAAUGAAGAGAAUUCAAUGAUAUAUAACGAUGCCAUUUUAUUAGAACGAGUGCUUAUGGAUAAAAUUAAUAGAGAGCAUAAUAUUAAUACAAAUUUAAAUACAUCGGGAUCGAAUACACCUGGUACGGGUGAACGAAAAACUGCUACUGGUCGAAUUAUGAAACCAAGAAAAAUUUUAUCACCAAAUGAGCAGAAAUUACGUUCAUUAUACGAUGCAAUACGUGAUUAUCGUGAACCAAAAUCUGAACGACAAUUAUCAUUAAUUUUUAUGAAAUUACCAUCAAAAAAUGUUAUGUUACAGCAAAUAAAUCAGAAGUCAAAGGAUUAUCCCGAUUAUUAUGAAGUUAUAAAAGAACCGAUUGACAUGGAACAAAUCUCAAUGAAAUUGAAAACUUCACAAUAUGGUGAUAAAUUAGAUAAAUUAGUGAACGAUUUUAUCUUAAUGUUUGAUAACGCUUGUAAAUACAAUGAACCUGAUUCACAAAUUUACAAAGAUGCGUUAAUUUUACAACGUGUAUGCUUACAAACAAAACAACAUCUUUACGAAUUAGAUUUACAAGAUGACAAUAUUCAUCAAGCUCCAGACGUUCAACUUGCUGUCCAAGAUUUACUGCUCACUUUAUUUACAACCGUCUAUAAUUAUCAAGAUGACGAGGGCCGUUGUUUUUCUGAUUCAAUGGCAGAACUACCUGAACAUGAUGAAAUCGAUGGCAAAAAAGUUCGUGCUUUAUCGUUGGAUUUAAUAAAACGACGAUUAGAUCGUGGUGUUUAUAAACGUUUGGAUCAAUUUCAAGAUGAUUUCUUUGCAUGUAUGGAUCGUGCUCGAAAAUUAUCGCAUUCUACAUCGCAAAUUUUUGAAGAUGCUAUUGAGCUACAAUCGUAUUUUAUCAAACAGCGUGAUGAGAUUUGUCGUAAUGGUGAUUUGUUACAAUCACCAGCUUUAAAUUAUACAUUGUUAGAUUUACAACAAGCAAUUGAAAAUACAAAGGUUGAGAAAAUGGAACAGUUACAACAAGCAACGGAUCAACAAAGUAGUACAACACAAUUACAUGGUGAAAUGGAUAUAGAAAAUGAGAAUAGUAGUUCAAAUUUGGGGUCAUCACUGGGAGUUGGAGGUACUUCAACAAUACAAACACCAAAUCAAAAAACCAAUUUUACAACCCCAAAGGAAAAUAUUGGUGAUUCGAUGACUUGUAAUCAACGUACAUUCCGUGUUGGUGAAUUUGUAUACAUCGAAUCGAAGGAAAAGGGUGUUGAACCAUCGAUUAUAGUUAUCGAACGUUUAUGGACCAACUCUGAAGGACAACAAAUGUUAUACGGCAAUUAUUUUCUUCGUCCAAGUGAAACUUUCCAUGUGACGACACGUAAAUUUCUGGAACAAGAAGUUUUCAAAUCAGAUGCCCACGUUGCUGUGCCAUUGAACGAAGUAAAAGAACGAUGUUGCGUUCUAAAUAUAAAAGAUUACAUCAAAAUGAAACCAGAAGGUUAUGCUGACAAAGAUGUUUACGUAUGCGAAUCACGUUACAGUACUCGAGCGCGUGCAUUUAAAAAGAUUAAAGUAUGGCCUGUUCCAGAUGGUAUAGUGAAAUUAGUUGAACGGCCAGCACCGAUUGAACCAAAACGUGUUAUGUCUGUAUUUCGGGAACGUGUUGAAAAACAUAAAGAUGAACUUGCUGAACUCGCGGAACAAGAAGCUACUUUAAUAGAAAAGGAUAAACCAAAUGUUGUUGCGUUCAAUAUACAGAGUGCACAAGGUGUUUCUGGAUGUAUUGAUAAUGUUUAUUAUGAACAAUAUAAUACAAUUUGUAGUGGUGUUGUAAAAACUGGUGAUUUUGUUUAUGUUGCAACUGAUGGUGGUCGACAAUUAAUUGCGCAAAUUGAUACGAUUUGGGAAACUAAAGAUGGUAAAUGUUACUUCCGUGGCCCAUGGCUAAUACAACCGUCAGAAGUACCCCAUUUACCAACAAGAUUAUUCUACAAACAAGAAGUAUUCUUAUCCACAAUCGAAGAUACAAAUCCAUUAGUGGGUAUCGUUGGAAAAUGUUCAGUCUUAGAAUAUCAAGAUUAUAUAUCGUGUCGUAUAACGGAAAUACCAGAACAAGAUGUGUAUAUUUGUGAAUCGAUUUACGAUGAAAUGAAACGGAUUACAAUUAAAUUACAACAUACAGAGCAUUCGUUAAAACAUUAUCAACAUUCGUCGUUGGUAACUGAAGAUGAAACAUAUUUCUUUAGACGUUUAAUAAAUCCACAAAAGGUUACAUUUGAAGUGACACAAAAUGUACCAGAUGUCAAAGUUCAACCUGUCACUCGACUACUUGACACAAUUGUAGAACCAUCACCCAUAUUACCAAAGAUCGAGCAAGAUGUUGAAAUGUUAAUGGAAGAUUCAUUAGAUGGAGGUCCACCUUCUGUUGGAUCGGGUGGUGGACAUGAUAUAAAUGUCACACCAACCAUUGGUAUUAAUGUUGGUAAUCCUGGAACACCUGGUACAUCGACUGGUGUAUUAACUGGUGUUGUUAAUACUGGUGGUAUUGGUACUAGUUCGAAUACGGUUGGUGUCACGGGGACUGUUACCAACAGUGGGGUUACAACUUCUGUGGUAUCAACACCUGUUUCGUCUAAAAAAGAAAAGAAACAAGGUGGGAAAAAAAUCGUCACCGGUUAUAUAUUAUACUCAAGUGAAGUACGUAAAACUGUUGCACAAAAUAAUCCCGAUUCGACAUUCGGUGAAAUUAGUCGUAUAGUUGGUAAUGAAUGGCGUACGCUACCAACACAUGAAAAACAAGUAUGGGAAGAAAAAGCUGCUAAAUGUAAUGAAGAGAAUGCAGAUCAAGGCCCUACUGAAUUUGUCUAUGAAUGUCUGUGGGAUGAUUGUGAUUAUCAAUUUGAAGAUUUAAGUGAUUUAUUGGAGCAUUGUAUUCAGGAUGAUAAAGGACAUGUGCAAUUACAUUUUAAUGGUGUGAAAGAACCUGAAUUUCAAUGUCAUUGGCGUGGUUGUAUACGUAUUAAAAAAUCAGCACCUUCUUUUCCACAUUUACCACGUUUAGCGCGACAUGUUCGAGAAGUACAUAUUAUCAAAGGCAAUGGGAAAUUGGUCACACAGGAAAAUAAGAGCAAGAAUUAUGUACCAUCAAAGAAAUCAGCCCAAAUAGCAGCAGCCAAUUCUAAUAACAACUCAAACAGUUCAACUGCAAAUAUGAACAUUAAACCAUUUAAUAAUACUACGAAUAAUACUAAUACUGGAACUGUUACCCAAGGACAACAACAAAUGGUGAUGAAACCAGUUGAACCGAUAUUUAUAACAGUUCCACCACGUCCUACGAGACUUUUACACUCCGAAGCAUACAUUAAAUACAUUGAGGGUCUACAUGUAUCAAAUAAAUUUAUGUCACCAUGGGAGAAAACUUUAAAUGCUACAGAAUUGAAUACAACAUCACCGGUAGUGACAAUACCAGCUGUCACACAUGUCAAUAACACGGGAUUAGGUGGGACAAAUACGUGUGAUGUUACCACAACUAAAGUUCAACUGUUGUCACAUUGGUUAGCAAAUGGUGAACGUAAUCAUUCAUCGUUGACGUCAGCAUUAUGGUCGUUACGAGAUUUAAUGAUGAAAGAUAUAAUGUCAGUGUAUAAAAAUUAAAUUUUUAUAAUCCCAAAAAAUUCAUAUUUCUAUUUAAAAGUAUAAUA